AUGGGAAGAGUUAAUGUGCUCUCUCUAGCGGUAGCGUGCUUCAUCUUAACCUUCAGAGUUAUUAAUUCUAAUACGGAAGGUGAUGCCUUAUACGCCUUCAGGCUAGGACUCACUGAUCCUCUUAACAUGUUACAAGAUUGGGACUCAAACUCUGUCAACCCUUGUUCAUGGUCCGGUGUCGCCUGCGACUCAGACAACAACAUAGUAAUAGGGAUUAUCCUCACCAAUUAUAACUUAUCGGGGCCGUUGGUCCCCCAACUCGAACAGUUGAAGAAUCUGCGGACUCUGGACUUACACGGGAAUAAGAUAAAUGGGUCUAUAGUCAAGGAGCUUGGACAGCUUACUGAGUUGGUCCGCUUGGACCUUUCCGACAACGCUCUCACCGGCGGAAUUCCAACGGAGUUAGAAAAAUUGAACAAAUUGGAAUACAUUGGGCUAAAUGAUAAUGCAGGUUUAUUAGGCACCGUACCUAAGGCCCUAGCUUGUCUCCCAAAUCUAUCUCCUAUGAAUGUAAACGGUACCAAUCUGGUCAUGCCCAUAUGCACUUAA